AAAGGUGCCAUUAUUCCCUAGCAUAUCUUGCUUUGUGAAUGCCGACAUUCAAUGCACCAUGAUCACAAGGAGCUUGAAGCUAUAUUGCAGACCUGUGCUCUCAUGUUCGACUUCUGAUCACCGUUGUCUCUCAUAAAUAGGUUACUUUUGCACAUGCCCCGGUCUUGACUUUUGAUGAGCUGUCUUGAUCCUCUCCUCCAUGCCUCAAACGAUGACCCUUCAGUCUAGCAGCCGCCACACGCCCGUUAGCAAACCUUCCAAGGAUCCGCUUGCUGGGUUACCUUCGUCGGAAACUUUUGAUGAUAUCGACGCCCGCCUUCUUAGAUUAAACAGAGAAACGCUGCCAAGAUCUCCUUAUCUUUUAAGCAUACCCUCUCUUUGCCCUCAUCGAGCCCAUCAGUAUCAGAGUCAGCACUGGAGUAUCCGCUCGCCGUUUAGCUCUAGCGAAGAGGAACUGCAAUAUAUGAGCUUUCUUAGUCACGACUGGGAAGACAGCUUGCUUGUUGCAACCGGCAAUUGGGACAAUAAAGACGACAUGCCUGGAGAUGGCGGGGUCAGCCGAGCUAACAGUCUCAGUAGAACCAGCACGCCAGGAAUUGGCAACGCUCAGAGGAAGAAGAUCAGCUUCUCCGCCUACAAAAAUAAGGCCAGGGCUCGAAAUACCUCUGCAUCUACUCAUACAGAUGGACGGCGCAGUCCCGACAAUUCCCCAGAAAGAAACGAUGAGAUUUCGAGGCCAUCGCCGAUUUCUUCACAUCCUGGAUUGCAGAAAAGAGUUUCCGCCGACGGCCAAGAUAAAGGAGAUUCUCGUGUGCAUUCUCCGUCCAAUGACUUGGCACUCAACGGAUACAAUAAUGCAUCAUCUGCGAUAAGUGAUGCAGUUGCGGGGGAACAAAAUUCGCCUCACUUCAUGGCCCAAGGAUUGCCUCCGCUCUUAUCACCAACCUUGCCUUCAGUCAUUGAGGAAGGUCUCGCAAAAAUGCAAUACUUUCCAAGUUCAUCGAAGGCUGGACAUACUCAUAGCAAGACGGCAUCCGUAACUUCCUCCUCUUCAGAAGGACGAUUGCCAUUAUCUUCCCAAGCGUCUUCAGACUCUAAUGACAAUACCUCUACCAAAAGUAGAGCAAGAAAAGGGCAUUCUUUAGAACCUGGAACUACAGAUACGAAGGACACUAUGGGGCGAGUGCCGAAGCUUGGCCUCCACAAUGAUCGAAUCAUUCCUUCACAGGAUUCUACAGCUUCUCAACAUGGCUCAGCGACGUUGAAUAGAGGGUCAGAUAAAGAACCUGGGAAUUCCAGACAGCACCUUCUGGUGAAGUUCAGAUACUCCAAGGCGCAAAGGAAAGCUGUAGAGAGAAUAUUGCAGACUAGGCCCGCCUCUACACAGUAUGACGUGAAUAUUGGGGGAAAGACAGGCCAUGGAAUAAAUAAAUCCCCGGUUGAGAAGGAUCAGUCCAGAGAAAAGGGGAAAUUUAUGAUUUCAGAAGCCACCGAAACACCAUGGAAGCGAUUGCCCCCAGAUAAUCCUACAACGGAUCGAGCGGAGCGAUGGUAUCUGGACAAACCAGACCAGUCAAAGAGCGUGGAAUCGCGGAAAAGAAUCCCAGAAAAACGCCCUCGACCAUUAGAUGAUGGGACAGAGCAUGACAGCUCAAGCAAACGUCAAAGACCCAUUGAUGAAAGCGGCCUAUCUGCGAAUUCUCGAACACCCAACACUGGCAUCUCUCAUUCACCGGUGAUCAUGACACAAGGAAAUGCAUCAGCCCCGCGGUUCUCGACGCCACGAAAAGAAGUCAAGUCUGUAUCAAGAAGGCGGCCUGAUCCAGGCGACGGACCGGUUCAAACGCUAUCCCAGGGCUCCAAUCUACAUGAUCGUCGGACUGCACCAGCGUUACCAGAAAAAGAAAAGUCUCGAACUGCUACUAAGCGCGAGCCGCUGGGGACGGCGAGCGAAACAAAAAGAAAAGAGGGGGAGAUUUGGCGUUUAGAGAAUAAGAAAUAUCUUGAGCUUGGCCGAAAACUCAAACAUGAAGCCGAUGAGUUAUUGAAACCCCAAACUGGCAGUGGUGCAUUAGAAGUUAGCGCAGCCAAACUUGGUGUGGUGCUUGCCGUUGAGACAAUUUUGUGCUAUUUUGUUGCCUUUACAGCUGCCGAUCAAAGUCGUCAAAUGAACCGACAGUCUGGAGAAGCACAAAAUUGGCGAAGCCUAUUGCCAUUCUGGGAAUUUGUAGAGAAGAAAGCUCGACGAUUUCCUGCAUUGCAAGGCCUCUGUCUACAGAUCGGCGCUGUGUGCCGAGAGAUCAUUCACACUCUUGACAUAGAACGACUCCAUAAUGACCCAUUACCAUCAGGCCCGGGUGAAGAUCCACUGCCACCUACUCCUGGAACAGAGAAACCAAGCGCGGCAGAUGAAGCGGAUACAAGGACUAAAAGCGCCAAUUAUCGCAAGGAAUAUAUGGCUUUCAAAAACAGUCUCGUCGAGAAUGCACGUAUAACUCGAAACCUUUGGACUGAAAGCUCUUUCAAGCUUAGCAUUGAUGAGUUACAACUUUGCUUUCCUCGUACAUGGGCACGGAGAGAAAAGCCUCCAUUCAGUCGGACGGCCGAAAAAUUAACCCCUGGUGCUUAUGCAGGCUCCUUCCGUCUUCCUCUUGGACCAGCUAGCACGGGUAUGGAAACUGUCAGGGCUUGCUGGAAUAUUUUGCAUGAAUGGGCUAAACUGGAGGGGGUGAAUUGGAAAGGUAGUCUACCUUUAUCCUUAUGAUACUUAUUCUGUAAUUCGCGCAUAUCUGGUGCGCGACAUCAAUAUGACCCAAUUCAAAAUACCCGAUGAAACCAUGAAAAUACUUUAGAGAAUUUAAGUUUCAAAGCUUGGUCUAUUUGUGGAG